AUGUCCCAUACUAAUCAUUAUCUAUAUCAUCUUUUUUCUUUACUCUCAUUAUCGAUAGCUUUUGAAGCCAAUAAUGACCAGCCACAAUCAACUUUUGGUACCUUAUGUUUACACAAUCAGGUGGUAACGAAGUUAACAGUUUAUGAAGAUGGAGCUAUUGAAGCAGAAUGCAACAAACUACCAUGCGGUACAUCCGGCGCUUACUGCAACGAUGAACAAGCAAGUUGCCGAGCUGAAACUAAUACAUUUUCUGGCAUGAAAUGGGCUUCUAAUGGACAAAGCAUUCUCCAACGCUGCUGUACAAUUACAGUACCACAUAAAAUUUACAUUGGUACAGAUCUGGUAUCGCUUGGAUCAUACUACACUGGUGGCGUAGUGGAUCAAAAGGAUCUUUAUGCUAAGGAAGGAACCGAAUUCGACUUCAUUUCGAAUGUUCGCACCGAACAAGGUGGUGUGCGGAUUUGGGUUUACAGAGUAAUAUGUCCGAAAGCGACUGGUACUUCUGCGAAGUCUGAAGCGACAAUACAUAAUCAAGACAUAGCCACCAUGCAAAAGCAAGCAACGAGUAACGAAAAUGCUCAGCCUGGUAGAGUGGUAGCUGAAGGCAUACCAACCGCUUACAGACCGAUUAACCCAUUGCAGUAUCGUCCGCCGAAUUGGCGUUUACUACAGCGAGAUUCACCGAUUGGUAUUAAGUCUCGGGAGCUAUUCGAGAGAACGAUAUAA